GUGUUAUUUACUUCUGAUUUAAGGCCUUUCGAAGAUCGUUCAACUUCUGCACGAGAGUCGAAUUCAAUUUCAUCUACUACAACGAUGAUUACCGAAAAACGUCAAAUAAAGAUUAGUCAGGAGAUCAAUUCCAAUAUU